AUGUUUCUGUGUUUUUUUUUUCGGACACAAACUAAAUAAAAGUUUGUAAAUUAGCAUUUAUUAAUACAUUUUUGAAAGGUUGCACCACAAAGAUCUUGCGAAAUGGAAGAAAAAGAGAAUCCGUUCGACAUGGAUACCUCCAGCUUCGAUUCCGACAGGUAUCUGGAGAGGCUGCUGAAGGACUGUUCGCUCAAGCAGAUUAUGGACACCGAAGCGGCCGUUGUGAAGGACACACAAACGUUGCACUCGGAUAUGCAAACGUUGGUGUAUGAGAACUACAACAAAUUCAUCUCGGCGACGGAUACCAUACGCAAGAUGAAGGACGACUUCAAGCAGAUGGAAACUGAUGUGAAUCUGCUCAUGACCAAGAUGCAGUCGAUCACAACAUUUAGCGAACAGAUCACAGGCACCCUUCAAGGCACACGCUCCCAGCUGUGUCGUCUCUCCGAGAAGCACUCGCUGCUGAAGCGGCUGCAGUUUCUGUCCACACUACCAGCGAAGCUCAAGUCGCUGAUUGAGGAGCAGAACUAUGCGCAGGCCGUGCAGGAUUAUCUGCAUGCCCAGAAGGUGUUCGCUCAGUAUGGCAGACAGCCCUCGUUCGACGGCAUUCAGCGCGAUUGUGAUGCAAUUAUGGCCGAUCUAAAGGAACGUCUGCGUCAGGACUUCCAGAGAGCCGGCAAUACAGCGCAAUCUCUCACAGAAAUUGGUGAGCUGCUGCUACAGCUAGACGAGAAGACCUCCGAUUUGGCCAGCGAGAUGCUGAGAUGUGCUGGCAAGCGGCUGCACGAACAAAUUGUCAUGCUGCAGGAUCAAACGGAGCGCGAUAUGCUCGAGUUUGUUGACAUUGGCAUCGAUGGCUUCCUCAACGAUCUGGCCCUGGUGGUCACCUCCUAUUUCGACAUGUUUGUCGCCAAACACUACGAGCACGAACGCGAUGACUUCCAGGAGAAUGCUCUGAACGAGCUGAACAUUUUCCUCAAUGAAAACAUUGACAAGUAUCUGACGCUGGUACAGGAUCGUGUCGAGUCUGACAUUGGCUACGGAGAUACGCAGGUGAUGCUGCGCGCCUUGGACCGCCUGCAUCGCAGGCUGCAGGCGAUGCGCAACAUCUGUCGCGGUCUUCAGGUGCAGCGCAACACGCUGGAAAUCAUCAUUGCCGCUGCCCAUCAGCUCUGCGAUGCGCACGGAAAAAGUCUCCGGGAUCAUUUCGCAGAUAGCCUUAGUGCGGUGCGCUUGUCGCUGGUGUCCGCCAAGAGCGAUGUGGCUGCCGGCGUGAAUCUCAGCGAUCUCAUUAGCAAUCUCUAUGUGGCCAUGGUGGAGAAAAUCAAGGGUGUGCUGCAGGACUUGAUGAUCUUUCUGCGCACCGACUGGUCCUUCAACAUCAAGGCCGAACACAAAGGCGCCCUUUGCGUGGAGGGCAUACGGGAGAACCUCCUAAUUGGCUUCCUGCGUCACAUUUCCAAGGUGAUGUGCAGUUUUGCGGAUGCCUCGAGCUCCAGCCCGCCCAACCUGCUGCUGGUGCUGUCCAAAACGUGCCUCGAACUGGAGCAGCAGGGCGUCCAUAUACUGAUAGCGCUCGUCGAUGAUCUCUACGAGAUUGAUUCGGAGAACAGUGCAACACUCACCCACGAAACGGAGAUCUGUGCGGAGAUGCGAGAGACGGCGCAGUCCCUGCUCGACGCCUAUGUGCGUUUGCAGGGCACAAACAUCUCGCAGAUGCUGCGCAAGAGCGUCGAAACGCGCGACUGGCUCAACUGCCUGGAGCCGCGUUCAGUGCGUGCCGUGAUGAAACGUGUCGUCGAGGAACUGGGCAGCAUUGAGACGGUUGUCGCUAGCCUCUAUGAGAGCACAGGCAAUGCAGGUUUUCGCACCACGGCCAGCAGCGAUUCCAGCCGCAAAACAUACUUUAGCAAUUUCAAUGCGUCGAAGCCGCAAUAUCGAUCCAACUGGUCAAACUACACGCCCUCGCAGCUGGAGUCCAGCUAUGUGUCCAACAUUCAUCGGCUGUUCUCGGAGCGCGUCGACAUCUUUACAUCGGUCGAGUUUAGCAAGGCGUCCAUUGUGAUGGGCAUCAUUAAGAUUGGACUUAAGACGCUGCUGGAAUGCGUCCGUCUGCGCACCUUCAGCAAGUUUGGACUACAACAGAUCCAGGUGGAUGCGCACUAUCUGCAAAUGAAUCUGUGGCGCUUUGUUAGCGAUGAAAACCUGGUUAACUUUCUGCUGGAUGAGAUACUCGGGUCAGCGGUACAUCGCUGCCUGGAGUCGGUGCUGAUGGAACCGAAUGCCGUCGAGAUCAUCUGUGAGCGGGGUUAGUACUUGAAAAUUUCGACAAAAUGUGUGUGUAACAUUCCUGACUUUUAUCUGAUCUGUGUCUAUUUAAUUUUGUUACUUGAUGCUAGCCUAAGGAUUUCACUUAAUACAUAAAAAUACACUAUUCAAACACAUAA